GCCAUAAUAUGUCAAAUGUACAACAUUAACACGAUUUGUCGAUAAAAACUCGAAUCAUUUCAGCUUGGAAACGCUUAAUUAUUUGUUAUUUUCCCCUGGUUACAAGGAGCACGAAUCGCACAAUAUAUCAGUUUAUUGUUGAACGUAGCUUGGAGUUGUUCUUUGACGAAGCUAAGCUAUAACUUACGAAAAAUGGCUGAUCCUAACAUUGAUGCAAUCAACGAUGAGGAAAAUACCUACAACACACCUGCAAAUGAUCCAAAAAAUAUGCAAGAAGUGACUCAAUAUGUGCAGUCACUUCUUCAAAACAUGCAGGAUAAAUUUCAGAGUAUGUCGGAUCAAAUCAUCAACAGAAUAGAUGAGAUGGGCACUCGAGUUGAUGAGCUGGAGAAAAACAUCACCGAUCUAAUGACACAAGCCGGGGUGGAGGGUGAGAAGUGAUUAUAGUUUAAUUUAAACUUUAUUUAUGAAAAAAAAAACCACUGAUAAAUUACAUUUCAUUUUUGUGCCUCACUACACUCAUACAUUCUUAUAACCACCAAUGUAAGAAUGUAUAUGUAAGAAAGUAAUAGUUUUCAGAAUGUUUUAUUUUUAAGAAUUUAUUGUGAUAGUUGAGACAAUUUUAGGAAUGCCAGAAAACUGUUACUAACACCAAAAAGUAAUAAGACAAAAUCAAGAUCUAUAAUUCACUAUGAUAAUCAUGGCUAUAUAAGGAAAUGUAAAAUGAACACUUGUACAAAAUAAUAAUGUUUGAUGUAUUCUCAACCACAAAUUUUGAAAAAUGUACACUUAAUAUCAUUGAAACCUUUUUCACAUUUUAUACAAGUACAUACAUAAUAAAUAUAAAUGUAUCAACAUAACUUUCCUGUAUUCAUAGUUACUUAGGGAUUGCUUAUUUUGUAUGUCUGCAUAUAGGAUUAGUUAUUAAAUAUAUGUUUUCCUAAGAAUCA